CGAGAUCAUAACUUGAACAGGACGAGCAGGCGAAUUCCAAGUUCAGUCAUUUCUCUCAGGCAUCAUUAAAUAAAUCGACUAAUUAAUUAAAGGGAAUUAAAGCUGUUAGUUAAAGUUGAAAGUUUAAUUGUUUAUUGGUAAUGGUGUAUUCAAGGUCAUCCCAGUAUUUUCUUUAGAACGGUUGAGAAACAUGGCCGAAAAAAGAAAGGAUCACUCCACAGGAGGGAGUGAUGUUGAACUAAACACUAAACGGAGACGUGUCGUCGAUGCAUUAGAAAUUGAAGAGGAAGCCUUUCUUGAACAGGAAAUGGUCAAAAAGUACCGAUCUGGUGGGGAGGGUUUGCGCACUUUUAGUGGAAACUAUAGAACUGGCGAUUUCACCAUGUUCGCCUAUCGAAUGUAUCUCCUCAAUCAUCGAAGGAGUGAUACAUUGGGAAACACUGUGAGUCUUCGCUCACGCACGAUAACCAAGCCGAGGGUGAGGGCGCAACCUUUACAAACCGUGGACAUUGAUCGGUGCUGGGGACGUUUGGAUUUUGGAUUUGAAUGUGACAAAUCUUAUGUUCUUUCGGCUUCAAGGAGAAUUCCAUCUACAGCUCGACGUUCCGAUGCCUUGCACACGUAUUACUGUGAUAGUUUUUCUAGUCUUGUCAGCUCUCCACAUUGCGAGUUCCUGCGUCCAAAUCACACCAAUGAUUUUGUAUGGAUCAAGGACCUUAAUAGUGAACAUGGGACGUUUGUCAAUGGGAAAAAAAUUACUCCAAUGACAAACUAUAAACUUGUCGAUGGUGAUAUUGUGGGGCUGGGAAUAUCUCACGAUUCUACAAAUCCACAAAUUAAUGUGACAAGUAGAGAAUAUUACAUAAUGAAAGUGAAGACUUUAGCUAAACCCCCAGAAGAAGAAGAACUGUCAGUGAGGUCUAUUAGUGUUAACACUAAUAAUGUAGGAAAUGUCCAUCAUGAUCCUAUGGGAUUUGCUUUGAACAUUGUUUUGAUUGUGGAUAAGAUUUUAGGAUAUCUCAAACUAAAAGACUUGAAAAAUUGUCGGUUAUUGAAUAGUUUCUGGAAAUCAAGAACUGACAUCAGGAUGGUAUCUCUUACACAUCUAAAGUUUGAAUUUACAUAUCAUCCGCGUCACCUGUCGCUGUCGGAAGUAAAGUGGAGCGACUCAUUUCAGGAAAAAGUAGCACUAAUCAAAAAGUACAAUAUUUCCAGCUUCGAGAUUGACGUGACAAACAACUCUCCAGUUGGGACUCCAAGGCAAUUUUAUUCAGACAUAACUUGGCUUCUGAAUAACAUGGGACAUGUGAUCAAAGACUUGAUUCUUUCCAUGUCAGUGAUUCAUGAUCGAGAUGGGAGUGGAUUUAAGAGGAUUUUUUCGCAGCUUGUCAACGUUGAAAAUUUAGACUUGAGCAUUGACAUUAACACAUCAUUUUAUCCCAACAUGGGAAGUGCAUUAUGUCUUCCGUCGGUGAAAAGGCUGGCCCUCUGGGUUCAUGAUGUUGAAGGAGAUGACGAAAUGAGAGAUCCUUUGAAAAACCAUAUAAUUUCAGAGAUUGCGAAACUGUUUCCAAAUUUGCAAGGCAUAAAUGUGAAAACGGGUCUCUUACAAAAUUUCUUACAAUAUCUUCAAACUAAUCGGGAGACGUGGAAAAACCUUACAGAAAUUUCUGCUGAAUUCGAGCUGUAUGGCGAUUCAGAGGACCCAAUUGUAUCAUUCACAACCAUUAAAACCCUUCCACAGACAUUGCACAAACUUCAAUUAGAUGACAUUCCAGCUUUGACAGCUCUGGGAGUCACCGCUUUUGAGCAAAUGUUGAACAAACAUUCCGCUACUUUGGAAUUUUUGUGUCUCAAAUUUGCCGAAAGUGGGACAGAGGAUUCCCAGAUAGUACUCAAUUUGCCAAGUUUCCCUAGGUUGACAUCUUUUGAAAUUAUUAUAUAUGUCGAUGAUGAAGACCUUUACCUGAAACUACGAUUCCCUUCUGGACAUAUUUCGUACGAAAAAGACUUUCCAAAAAUUAAAUAUUUGAGUUUACUCCCUGGCGAUUCAAUUUCUGACGACGAGUCUGACGCUGGCACAAACCCAUCCAACGUUGAAGAAAUUCUUACAACUUUCUUACCGGAAGAGUCUUCAACGGUAUGCAGCACCAUGAGAUGGGUGGACUUUAACUUGGACAAGGAUAUUUUAAAAAAGAAUCACCAAAGUCAUCAAUGGUACAGAAACUUUCUUUGUCGAUUCCAGAAAAUAUUUCCUCAUGUUCACCAUCCGGAAGUUAUUCGAGGAUUGCAAUCCUUUAAAACUGAUUAAACGUUGUAUAAACAUUAAUGCCAGUGUUAAAUUUUAUUCAUACAAGAUAUCUAAUACAUGAGUUGUCCUAUGCACAUGAAUGUAAAAUUAUUAUAUAAUAAUUCCCAAUAAGCAUGAAAUGUUAGUGGGUCCUACAGACAUAUGUACAUAUGUACCAUGUAUUAUAAAUAUGCUAAAUAAAUAAAACUUUUAAAAUGACUC